GCAUGACCGGAAGUGAGCGGGGCCCCCAAGAUGGCGCCCGAAACCCGGAAGUGAGCGCGGCCGAGGCGAAGCUCGGAGAGACGGAGGCGCCGCGGGCUCCGCGCCCGGCCGGACCCAGGUCGGAGGUCAUGAUGCCACCGCCGCGGAGCAAGAAACCCAGAUAGACACACCCGCGGCCUGGGUCGCGGAGCCCCCCGAUGCUGGUGGUGGGGCCUGCCAUGGACGGGCAGCUUCCGCAGCGUGAGCCCCCUCCGGCGGGCGGCACCCUCUACAGCCCGCCCCCCCUGCAGACGCCGCUGUGCGGGCCCGGUGUCCAGAGCGCCGUGCUGCACUGCCCGUGGUGGGCCGCCUUCUCGCCCGCGCCGCACCCAGCCUUCUCCAGCGAGAGCCCCCAGUUCAUGAGCUCCACCUCCUUCCUUGCCGGCCAGCCCUGCGUGGACACCAGCUACGGACCUCCCACCACCACCCCCAGCUUCCUGCCAAAGACGGGCGACUUUCCUCAGGAUUCCGCGUACCUCGACGACCUUUCCAACGCCUCCAUCUUCUCUUCGUCCGUGGACUCCCUCUCAGACAUCGCGGACACACCGGACUUCCUGCCGGCCGACAGCCUCAGCCAGGUGCCCACCAUCUGGGACGUGAGCACCGGCCCCGCCCCUCACGAGAAGCUGCUCCUGCCCACUGGGCCAUGGACAGGCCUUGAGGACCCUGUGUCCUCCCUUUCCAGCACCCCACUUCUUAUCAGCUACCAGUCCCAGAGUCAGCCUGAGGAGGAAGACGAGGCAGAGGAGGAUGAGGGGGAGGAGCUGGGCCACACAGAGACCUACGCCGACUACGUACCGUCCAAAUCCAAGAUCGGGAAGCAGCAUCCGGAUCGCGUGGUGGAGACCAGCACCCUGUCCAGUGUCCCACCGCCAGACAUCACCUAUACCCUUGCCCUGCCUGCUUCCGACAGCGGGGCCCUGUCUGCCCUACAGCUAGAAGCCAUCACCUACGCCUGCCAGCAACACGAGGUCUUGCUCCCCAGCGGGCAGCGGGCCGGCUUCCUCAUCGGCGACGGCGCGGGUGUGGGGAAGGGGCGCACGGUGGCCGGCAUCAUCCUGGAGAAUUACCUGCGGGGCAGGAAGAAGUCCCUGUGGUUCAGCGUCUCCAAUGAUCUCAAGUAUGAUGCGGAGCGGGACCUGCGGGACAUCGACGCACCGGGCAUCGCGGUGCACGCGCUGAGCAAGAUCAAGUACGGGGACAACACUACCUCAGAGGGCGUCCUCUUUGCCACCUACUCUGCCCUCAUCGGGGAGAGCCAGGCCGGCGGGCAGCACCGCACGCGCAUCCGCCAGAUCCUGGAGUGGUGCGGGGAGGCCUUCGAUGGAGUCAUCGUGUUCGAUGAGUGCCACAAAGCCAAGAACGCCGGCUCCACGAAGAUGGGCAAGGCCGUCCUGGACCUGCAGAACAGGCUGCCGCAGGCCAGGGUGGUCUAUGCCAGCGCCACAGGUGCCUCUGAACCCCGGAACAUGAUCUACAUGAGCCGCCUGGGCAUCUGGGGUGACGGCACGCCCUUCCGAACCUUCGAGGAGUUUCUGCAUGCCAUCGAGAAGAGGGGCGUGGGCGCCAUGGAGAUUGUGGCCAUGGAUAUGAAGGUCAGCGGCAUGUACAUCGCUCGGCAGCUCAGCUUCUCUGGUGUCACCUUCCGCAUUGAGGAGAUCCCCUUGUCCCCGGCCUUUGAGCGCGUCUACAACCGCGCAGCCCUGCUGUGGGCCGAGGCCCUGGGCGUGUUCCAGCAGGCGGCCGACUGGAUCGGCCUGGAGUCUCGCAAAUCCCUGUGGGGUCAGUUCUGGUCGGCCCAUCAGCGCUUCUUCAAGUAUCUGUGCGUCGCUGCCAAGGUGUCCCGGCUGGUGGGGCUGGCCCGGGAGGAGCUGGCCCGGGACAAGUGUGUGGUCAUCGGGUUGCAGUCCACGGGCGAGGCUCGGACCCGGGAGGUGCUGGACGAGAAGGAUGGACAGCUCGACUGCUUUGUCUCCGCUGCUGAGGGUGUCUUUCUGUCGCUAAUUCAGAAGCACUUUCCUUCCACCAAAAGAAAGAGAGAGAGAGGAGCAGGCAGUAAGAGAAAACGGCGGCCGCGGGGCCGCGGAGCCAAGGCGCCCAGGCUGGUGUGCGAGGCGGCGGGCGUGAUCCGCAUCAGCGAUGACAGCAGCACGGAGUCGGACGCCGGCCCAGACAGCGACUCCCACUCCUCCCCCGAGUCCGUGCUGGAUGACGACGUGGUCAUCCUGGACACCGUCGGGCUGCCAGCCGACGACCGUGGGCCCCUGUGCCCCCUGCAGCGGGACCCUCACGGCCAUGGCGUCCUGGAGCGCGUGGAGCAGCUGAAACAGGACCUGCUGGCCAAGGUGCGGGCGCUGGGCCGGGAGCUGCCCGUGAACACCCUGGAUGAGCUCAUCGACCAGCUCGGGGGCCCCGAGCGCGUGGCCGAGAUGACUGGCAGGAAGGGCCGCGUGGUGUCCAGGCCUGACGGGACGGUGGCCUUUGAGUCUCGGGCAGAGCAAGGCCUCUCCAUCGACCACGUGAACCUCAGGGAGAAGGAGCGCUUCAUGAGUGGGGAGAAGCUCGUGGCCAUCAUCUCCGAGGCCUCCAGCUCCGGCAUCUCCCUCCAAGCCGAUCGCCGUGUCCGGAACCAGCGGCGCCGGGUGCACAUGACGCUGGAGCUGCCGUGGAGCGCCGACCGCGCCAUCCAGCAGUUUGGCCGGACCCACAGAUCCAACCAGGUCUCUGCGCCCGAGUAUGUCUUCCUCAUCUCGGAGCUGGCCGGGGAGCGCAGGUUCGCCUCCAUCGUCGCCAAGCGGCUCGAGAGCCUGGGGGCUCUGACUCAUGGGGACCGGCGCGCCACCGAGUCCCGUGACCUGAGCAAGUACAACUUCGAAAACAAGUACGGCACCCGGGCCCUCAGCUGUGUGCUCACCGCCGUCCUGAACCAGACUGAGAACAAGGUGCCGCUGCCCCAGGCCUAUCCUGGAGGAGAUGCCGCUUUUUUCCGGGACAUGAAGCAGGGCCUGCUGUCCGUCGGCAUCGGGGGGCGCGAGUCUAGGUCCGGCUGUCUGGAUGUGGAGAAGGCAGAUUGCUCCAUCACCAAGUUCCUGAACCGCAUCCUGGGGCUGGAGGUGCACAAGCAGAACGCGCUCUUCCAGUACUUCUCGGACACCUUCGACCGCCUCAUCGAGACGGACAAGAAGGAGGGCAAAUACGACAUGGGCAUCCUGGACCUGGCUCCAGGCAUUGACGAGAUCUAUGAGGAGAGCCAGCAGGUGUUCCUGGCCCCUGGACACCCACAGGACGGGCAGGUGGUCUUCUACAAGAUCAGCGUGGACCGUGGCCUCAAGUGGGAUGAGGUUUAUGCCAGGUCGUUGGAGCUGACGGGCACCCAUGACGGCUUCUACCUCUCGAAGGUUCGCGGCAAGCCGAGCUGCCUCCUGGCCGAGCAGAACCGCGGGAAGCACUUCACGGUGUACAAACCCAACGUGGGGCGGCAGAGCCAGCUGGAGACGUACGACAGCCUGUGCCGGAAGUUCCGCCGGGUGACGGCGGAGGAGGCCAGGGAGCACUGGGAAAACAGCUACGCCUUCUCGCUGACGCACUGCAGCCACGCGGCCUGGAACCGCCCCUGCCGCCUGGUGCAGGAGGGCAAGGACUGCACGCAGGGGCUGCGGCUGCGCCACCACUAUAUGCUGUGCGGGGCCCUGCUGCGCGUGUGGGGCCGCAUCGCCGCCGUCAUGGCCGACGUCACCAGCAGCAGCUACCUGCAGAUCGUGCGCCUCAAGACCAAGGACAAGAAGAAGCAAGUCGGCAUCAAGAUCCCUGAGGGCUGCGUGCGCCGCGUGCUGCAGGAGCUGCAGCUCAUGGACGCGGACGCGAAGCGCAAGAACGCGCGCAGCCGGGGCUUCCCCGCACCGCUGCCCGCCCUGCGCCCGCUCGCGCUCGCGCUGCCCUGCGGCCCGGGCGAGGUCCUGGACCUCACCUGCAGCCCGCCGGCGCAGGCCUUCCCGCCGCCCUCACCCUUUGCCUUCCCGCCGCCGCCCCCGGACCCCGCGCCAGCCCCCGGGGGCCUGCCGCUGGGCGCCCCGGACCCCGCGGCGGACCCCGCGGCCCUGGCGCACCAGGGCCGCGACAUCAACUUCAAGGAGGUGUUGGAAGACAUGCUGCGUUCCCUCAACGCGGGGCCGCCCACCGGUCCCUCCGGGCCGGCCGCAGGGGCCGCAGGGGCGCCUGGGGGGGGCGGCGGCCCCGAGCGGCAGAGCGUCAUCCAGUUCGGCCCCCCCUUUCCAAACUCCUAGACCGGCGAGGCGACCGGCAGCGGGUGUCUUCUCUGCAAUACUCAGCCGCGGCUACAGGGACUCUGUCUGGUCUCCCGCCCACGUGGGUGGUGCGGGGAGCGGGGAGGGCUGGGCUCCCCUGCUGACUGCCAGGAAGGGGGGGCUGCGGUGCCCCCCAACCUGUUCUGGAGGUCUCCACAGCAGUGCCUUCCCUGCGGGCGGCUGGGCGGACCCUUCCCGAUGCUGCCCGCCCUUCCGGGCUCUCCGAGGCAGUGCAGGUCCCCACUCAGGAUGACUCGGGGUCUGGACUCGGAGUCUAGGCUCUGGCAGGGCCCAGGGUAGGGGGCCCUCCCUCCCUCUGCCUCUGUCCUCCCCCCUCCCACCCACCAGGCCUAGGCAGGGGCUCCCCAACCCACCUCACCCCACCCACCUUACAGGGCCUGGUCUGACCGGAACCCCUGGAAUCCACAAGACUGGGUGGCCCCAAGAGCUGAAAACUCAGGAAACCCCAGGUGCUCAGGGCCCUGCCUUCUCUGGGGGGCUCCAUGGGACAGGCCCCCCCUAUUAAUAUAUGCAAUUCUUCCCCACUCUCUUUGCUCCCUAAAUUAUUGCCCGGCCACCUCUCCCAGGCCCCAGAAUCUGCCGUGGAGCUGGCGGUGUGGACGGGCCCCUUGGUUUCUAUGUGUAUUUAUAAUGAAUUUCAAGUGUACAUAUGUAAAGAGAUCUUUUUUAAAUAUACGUGCCUUUUCACGA